AUGGUGCUAGUUUCCAAGAGCGAGAAGAGACAGAUAUACCAGUACUUAUUGAAGGAAGGAACACUAGUAGUUAGAAAAGACGCAGGUCUUCCAAGACACCAAGAUAUUCCUGUUGCUAAUCUCAAGAUUAUGAUGGUAUGCAAAAGCUUGAAAUCAAGAGGAUUGAUUGAGGAAAAAUUCAACUGGCAGUGGUUCUACUACUACUUGAAUGAGAAAGGGAUUCUAGCUAUGUGCGAGUAUCUUGGGUUGCCUUCUAACAUUAGACCAGAUAUCUAUAAGGCACCAGCCGUCAAGAAGCCAAGGGAAAAUGAGGACAGACCUCGAAGAGGAUUUGGCAGAGGCCUUAAGAAGGAAUAA